GACCCGCUUGGCGCACUUCACUUUUGCGCUAAACCCUGGCUAAAGCACUCCCGAGGUCCUCAAACACUUGAACGUCCGGAUCUUGGAUCCUACCACUUGUUAUGCCUAUCACAACCCAACUACCUCUCUUACGCUCACGGUCACAAGCAAGCUUCAGACAUGCAAACAUUCUAUUGACUGCAUCUACAACUCGCUUUCGGAGUACGCUACCUUUGGGGCAGUCGCCGUCGUUAGACCCAAUGACGGGAGAGAUUGUCGCUUUACCCGAUAUUCAGGCGUGUUUUUCUUCAGCUAUUCGUAUUCGAGGGGGAACUCUGAUGUGCUCUCUACCCGUCUCAAUUAGCCCGGCAGGCUCGUAAUCUCAAAGAACCAGAAUCCUACUCCCCCACCGUCCUCUAAAACUUUGGUUUUUGGCCGUACAUUCACCGACCACAUGCUCGCAAUACAUUGGGAUGCAGUCAAUGGAUGGGGUCAGCCAAACAUCAAGCCAUACGGCCCUCUACAACUUGAUCCGAGCACUACUGUUUUACACUAUGCACAAACCUUGUUCGAGGGAAUGAAAGCUUAUCGAGACGAUGGUGGCAAGGUCACCUUGUUUCGUCCAGAUAUGAACAUGAAGAGAAUGAACAAUAGCGCAAAGCGGAUAGCAUUACCAACAUUCCAUGGUGAUGCUCUGCUCGAGCUUAUCAAGGAACUCAUUCGUCUCGACAGACACUGGAUACCUCAGGAACCCGGCCACAGCUUGUACAUUCGUCCCACGCUCAUCGGAACACAGAGAUUUAUCGGAGUAGCCCCCCCUACCGAAGCCCUCCUAUUCGUCAUCUGUAGCCCAGUCGGGCCAUAUUACCCUAACGGAUUCAAGCCUAUUGCACUCUACGGAACGACAGAAUAUAUUCGUGCUGCUCCUGGCGGUACUGGCGCUUACAAGCUCGGUGUUAAUUAUGCACCUGGCGUUCUCCCUCAAAAACAAGCUGCGAAAGCGGGAUAUGCACAAAAUCUCUGGCUGCAUGGCUCGGAACACUAUCUUACGGAGGUUGGCACGAUGAACAUGUUCGUCGUGUUGAGAAAGGACGACGGAGCGCACGAAUUGGUUACCCCUCCUCUCGAUGGCAUGAUUCUACCAGGAGUCACUCGAGAUUCCGUACUCACUCUAGCCCGUGAACAUGCUGCCGGCGUCAAACGACUUCCCAAUCUCCCCGAAGACCUCGUCGUUUCGGAACGACAGAUCUCGAUGAAUGAGAUCAAAGAGGCCUCCAAAGCCAACAGAUUAGUUGAACUAUUUGGUGCAGGUACAGCUGCUGUGAUCAGCCCGGUAAAUAGGAUUGGCUAUCUAGGCGAAGACCUGCACAUCCCCACAGGAAAGGAUGGAAUGGGACCCAUCUCUCGGCCAAUCUGGACAGAAUUAGUAGGAAGACAAACCGGCGCAAUACCUAGCGAUUGGAGUGUUGUGGUUUCCGAGUAAUUCCAAAACUCAGGCAGUACCGAA